UAAGCCAAGCAAUGAAUGAAGAGCAUACCAGGCUUCUCCUAAAAAUCCUAAAGCCUAAAAUCUCACGCCAACGAGCAAGCAUGUUUGCCAGAUCUUUCUUCAAAUCUUCCCAAAAGAGCCAAAAGUUCUUUAGAAACUCCAAAUCUAUCAAUCAUUCAAAGCCCAUUCCUCGGUCACAUCGGAACAGAAAAAUUUCAAAGUCAAUGGUGCAGACAGGUUCAAACUUUCGUCCAAAACCAGCAUCUCCAUAUAGACGACCUAUACAUAUUUCCAAGCAAGACCAGGAAUCCCACACCCCAUCUCCGUACUUCUUCUAACCCCUCAAAGAACCCAACGACCUUAACUUCCAGAAACUCAACAAUAUAGACAAGCCUUUUAAGAUCUCUGACAAAGUGCAAAAAUGUUCUUUGAAAAGGAUGAAAAAGAACUGGGACUAUCAGAUUCAAGAAUUGGAGGAGAAAGAAACUAAUAAGAAUAUUUCAUACAGAAACAAAAUAAAAAAAGAAGCAGAUAAAAUUUAUAUUUCCUUAAAUCUUGCAAAAAAAGACAAUGAAAGAUUAAAGAAAUAAAAUAAUUUCACAGCAAAAUAAGAAAGAAUAUCUUGCUAAAACUUUGACUAAACUUCAGAAAAUACUAGAACUGAUUGACAAAUUUAAGACUACAAAAGAGAUUGGAAAAGAUACCAGAAUUUUUAAUCUCUUCUCUCUUAGAAAACUUGAAUUCUCAGGCGCUGAAAAGCGUAGAGCUCUAAUUGACGCCAAUGAAUCCAGAAUCCAGCAGAUGGCUGAGGAAGAACAAAUAUUUACUGAGCUGAAGCUUAAGAUCCUAGAUUUUCAAUGUGGAUUUCAGAAACAUUCCACUCAGAAUGGCCCAGUAGAGAUCAUGGAAGAGAUCAUUAAAACAUUCACUGAGAACAAGUAAGAUACAGAUAUCAGGAUAUUUACC